AUGUCGGCGACCGCUGCGAAAACUGAUUCUGGUCUAAGUGGACAACCAAGUGAUGAUAUUGAUAAACAAAGAGGACCAUCCGAAGGCAGUAAUACCGAAUCACCAGGUGGAACAUUUGGUACUGCAACAACAGCUGUUGAGAACAAUCAACACAAGGCGUCGAAUGAUCAAAAACCAGCAGACGGCAAUCUACCAAAAUAA